ACAUUUUCAGUUCUUCGCAACAUUCUUUUUAAAGUGUAACAAAACACAACUUAGAAAAUAUAUGUUUUCCCUCGAAAUCAGAUCAAUGAUGUAACCUUCGAUAAGAUAUGAUAUGUCGAAAGUUUUGUAGGGCUCCCUAUCUACUAAAAUCCGAUAGAUAAUUCCAUAAUUUGCCAGUUACUUUUGGAAAUUCAUCCUUUACAACAAACUAUGUGUAGUGAAAAAACUUAAAAUAGCUUCAGUGAAAAUAUGAACUUUUGAAAAUGUUCCGUCAAGCAUUAGAAGAAAUGAAGAAAAACGAGGCAGCAGCUCUGGGAAACCUGAAGGCUAAAUUGAUAAUCAAGGACGAUUUGUUUUCAGCCACAGAUGAAAAUUUAAUGAAGUUUUUGUAUUCUAGAAGGCUCAGUGUUAGUGAUACUUUGAAUCUCAUACAGAAUCAUCUGAAAUAUAAAAAUGAAAAUCAGAACCUGUUCAGGAAUCUGAGUAUAGGAGAUCCCGAAAUAAGGACAGCACUUGAAAAUUCUUUACCAGAACUCCUGCCACAAAAGGACAGACAGUGCAGAACAAUAAUCGUCUUCCAUGCAAAUAACUGGGAUGGAAAAAUCAGUUUAAUCUCGAUAUACAGGGCGUUGCUCCUCUGCCUGGAAUUCUCAUUACAAGAUGUCCACGUACAAAACAAUGGUUUCAUCAUUAUUGUAAACUGGGAACAAUUCACGUUCCAGAAAUCAACCUGGCUCAGUGCUACCAUAAUAAGACACAUGAUUUUUGGACUUCAGGAAUGUUAUCCAGCGAAAUUCCUGGAACUUCAUUUCAUCGCUCCUCCUUGGUAUAUAAGAGCUGCCUUCAAUGUGUUCAAACUGACAUUUAAUGAAGAAAUAAGAGAAAAUUUUUUUACUCACGGGAGGAAUUUGAGUACUUUGCAUGAUUUUGUUCAUAAAGAAGUGUUGCCAACUGAACUCGGAGGGUCAAUGCCUAGUUAUAAUUGUGCCAAGUUAAUACAAGACAUUGAAAACUUCUGCAAGCAAGUGGGCACGUGAUUUUUAUAUAUUUGAUUUAUAUUUUGAAGAUUCUAUAAUUUAUGAGAGUGGUUUUAAUGCAACUAGUUUAUCUGUGUAUGAAAUGUCCAUAGGAUCAUGAGUUUUAUCAUGUGAUACUGAUUACUUAUUUUUUUACUGAUCACUGACUGGGUGAAGUCAUGAAUGUAAAGUUAGACUUUAAAAUUGAGCACAUUUGUAUCGAUUUCCAAAAAUUUUACAUUGAAAAUUGAAGUAUAAUAAAAGCGAAACUGUUUAUUCGAUAG